CGUAGUGUUAACCCUUUAAAGGAGGAGAGGCAUUUCCGGUGUAUAUUUCUACGGAGUUACCGCUUCCCUUCGAUUAUUGAUUUUUUUGUAACGAGCGACAUUUUGUUUAAUUCGCCACAUUAAGUACGCAAUUCUUCUUAUAAAAGAAUUUCUACAAUGUAAAUUUAUAUUAAUUAAUAAAUUAAUAAGAAUAUUAAUUAACAAGUGCAAAAUGUCUAAACAACAGAACCGUUGGGCAGGAGUGGUAUAUGAUAAAAACAAAAAAGCAGCAGUACCUGUGCACUCCAUUCAAAGGUUUAACCCUCUAAAUUAUGUAGCCAAGAAGUUUUAUAAACUAAGUGUUGAUGGGACUACUAAAAAUUGCUACGUUUUAGGAGUAAGAGAUACCAAAGAAGCGGUACAGAAAGAAUUGCUCGCUAAAAGAUCGUCACUUCCUCCACCCAAUUUGAUAGAAAGUGCAUCUGAUACCAGCGAUCUUUCGCAAUUUAAAUUAAAGUCGAAAAAUAAAAACAAUUUGGCAUCUUCAGGCAAAGGAUUCAACCAGCAAAUAUUAGAACUGAAUCAAUCAUCCGUGAAACGCCAGUAUGAUAAGGACAAUGCUAAAGAAAAAAUGAACCCAAAAAAACCAAAAUUUGAUGAAAAAUUCUCUAAUUCACCACCGGAACGUCCUAAAAUACCAACUCUCAACAAACAAACCGACAAAAGAAUUCAAAUUAAAAGGAUUGAAACUAUAUCGGCACCUUCUAUGUCUCCUGGAUCGAAAGAUAAUGAAAAGUCUGCUGCAAAACCAUCAAAAAAUGAAACGUAUGGAUAUAUUACUCACUUAAAAGAACAAUUGAACAUGAACAAGGAAGAAAUAGAAAAUCAAAAAAAUAAAAUUAAGCAACUAGAAAAGGAAAAUGAAAAAUUGAAGAAUGACGUGAUUGAGCAAAAUAUUAAAAUCAUCGAACUCCUCAGAAACCAUACUGGCAAUUUAUUAGCUAAGGAGUCAUCAAAAAUUGGCCAACUGAAUGAAGAAAAAGAUCAAGUAUAUAUCUCUGAAGAGCGCUUGAUGGAUAGAGGCUUAUUUGAAUUAGCAAUGAGUUCUCAACGACCCAGUAUAUUUAUAAAUACAGUCGCUCCUUUUUUUUUCGAUGGAAGUACUUUAUUACAAAGUACAGUAACUGGGUCAAAGUCAAAAAGAUCUGUAGAAGAAAUCCAACCUAAUAAAUUGGACCCUAUUAUUUUACGACAAAUGAGAGAUUUUUACAACUACUACCUACAGAAUUCAAUUUUCACAAAAAAAUUGGAACCAUCUCAGAAAGAUCGUGAAUUAGGAAAAAGUUUAUUUUAUUUGGGAAGAUUUAUAGCGCGUUUGAAGAAUCCCUCCUCCAAGAAGAAAAGUAAUUCUUCAAGUAAAAAAAAAAAAAAAGAUGCCAGUAAGAACGAUGAUAAAGAGAAUGAUGAUAAUAAAAAUGAUGAUCGUGAGGAUGAUGAUUUUCAGGAUGAUGAUAGUCAUGAAGGGGACCGUUAUAAUGAUGAUGAUGAUACUUUUGAUGAUGUGGCUACAAAUGUAAUAGGUGAUGAGGACGACCUUGAUAAGGAGGGAGUUUUUACAACUAAAGAACACGAAGAAAAUUCUGAGGAAUUAUUGAUUGACACAGAUGUAGAAUGAAAAUUAGAUAUAUAAGGCUAAAGUUUAAAAGUUUGUAUUACAAAUUAUUUGAAUAAAAAUAAGGUUAAUAAGUACUUUGAUGAAAAAUUCGAUUGAAUAAAAAUAAUUUCUAAAAUUAAGAA